CACUGCCACCCUUCCUUUUAGGUUUUCUGCUUCUCAUAACAUGGGAGGAGGAGCACUCGUCUCUUCCACCUGCCUUUUGGUGGGAUGUCAACUCAGAAAUAUCCUCCUUCGCCUUUUGCUCCGCUUCAAGCUCGUGGAAGCAUAGUCGAGAAAACACAGUCGGCCACUGUCAGUCGUGUCGAAAACAUAGCCUUGCACAAGUUUCUCUAGCAUUCUUUUUCGGCCGUCUCUUCUGUGGAUUUCGGAGUGCGACCUGUCGCCUCAUGAUGUUUUAUCUUUUUUUCAAAGUUUGAAUGCCAUUGUCUCAAACGAAUCGCAGUGCGAGGGCUUGUGCACGUUUACCACGACACCAAGAAUGAAAACGAUCGUCAACACUCCUCUGGGAAUCGUUGGGUUCAGAUGGAAGUGGAAGGGGCUGUAAAAGGUGUUUGCCAUCUUUUGGGACCGAUUUCGGCCGCCUAUUAUUGUUUUCGUGCCCAGAAAGUGCGCUUGACUUGUGGCCACUGGCCGCCUUCUUACCGUCUCGUUUCUCGUACUGCCCUUCGUGACUAUUUUGCCAUUACUUUCAAGAGUCCAGUGUGUUUUCUAUCCUUCGCUUUAGAAACAUUGCUUGGCAACGGAUCUCAUUAGUGCAUAGCUACAACGACAAGCCAAAUACCUCCACAAACAACAGCCCUGCAGCUUCCAACGCAGAUAUUGCAAAGAAAAGAGAAAAGAAUAACGCAUUAGAAAGAAAAGAAGCUAAAAGGAGGAGUAAAAAUAAGAGAGAAAAACUACGAAGGGUGAGAAGCGGAAUCCUAUUUCGUUUCUAAAGGGACCAAACGUUGGAAUGAGCUGACGGAAUUGUAUGUCUUAGUCUGAGCUCGUCUGCAACAGAUUGCAGAACAACACAGCAGACAGAAACAUCGGGCUCAAGAUAGACGACUAAUCAUAUCAGUGACCUGAUCUACUCGAACUUCGAUGAAGGACGUAUGAAGAUGGUGAAGAUGGAGCAAGUAGGUAGCUGUGGUAGCAAUGGAAGUGACGGAGGAAGCGCAACGGGCAACAAAACCAAUCCUAUCCGUGUAGGUUUCUACGACAUCGAACGAACUAUUGGACGCGGCAAUUUCGCUGUUGUCAAACUGGCUAAGCACCGCAUCACCAAAACAGAGGUGGCGAUCAAGAUUGUGGACAAGAGCCAAUUGGACGAAGGCAACCUUCGUAAACUUUACCGCGAGGUCCAAAUAUUGAAGAUGUUGCGGCAUGACAACAUCAUUCGUCUUUAUCAGGUGAUGGAGACCAAAGAUAUGCUUUACCUGGUGUCCGAGUACGCAAGACAGGGGGAAAUAUUCGAAUAUAUCGCGAGGCAGGGGAGAAUGUCUGAAACGAUGGCUCGUCGCAAAUUCUGGCAGAUUAUUUCGGCUGUUGAAUAUUGUCAUCAGCGGCAAAUCGUCCAUCGAGAUCUCAAAGCCGAGAACUUGUUGCUGGAUGCGCAAGGCAACGUCAAGAUCGCUGAUUUCGGUUUCAGCAACUUUUGGUCGGCUGGCCGUCAUCUAGAGACGUGGUGCGGAUCGCCUCCCUAUGCAGCUCCCGAAGUCUUCCUCGGGCAAAAAUACACCGGCCCUGAAGUCGACAUCUGGAGCUUGGGCGUGGUGCUGUAUGUUCUGGUCUGUGGAGCGCUACCGUUCGACGGCGCCACGUUACAGGCGCUUCGCGAUCGAGUCCUAUCCGGACGAUUCCGGAUUCCCUACUUCCUGUCAGCAGAUUGCGAGUCACUGAUCCGGAAAAUGCUGGUAGUGGAUCCAACUAAGCGCUGUGGCCUCCAGCAGGUCAAACGGCAUCGCUGGAUGCUAACGGAAGCUCCAUGCAUACAGGAGGAGUCAGUAUUUCUGGAAGGUGCGAUUAGAAACGAACCGGAUGAAGCCGUAAAUGAACAAAUUUUGCGAUUGAUGCAAUCUCUCGGCGUCGAUCCCGUGAAAACGAAGGAGUCGGUACUUCACCAACGCUACGAUCACCACGCCGCCAUCUAUUAUCUGCUGCUGGAACGGCGGAUGCAUUUAUCGGCAACAGGAGAACUACCACAAUCUUCGCAAUCAAAGCAAAGAAGAUCAGUUAUUGAAAUGACGGCUACUGCGUCCGACCAGCCGGUUUUACCAGUCACUAGUGCAAGCCGACGCCCGCCUUUAUGGACCCACAGUCCGCCUCUUCGAGACUCGGCAUGUGGCGAUAGCGUCGAUUCGGAAAGAGGAUCCGUAGGUGGAUCGCUCCUUUCUCCUUUGAUGGAAUCAAUACCACCUUUACCUGCUAAAGUAGUCAAAAGCAACACCUACUCCGUAGACGAAGGAGUCGAGGAUUGGUCGGAAUCAUGUCCGUCUCCCAUGGGCAGCGCAGGAUCGACUUUUGAAACUGCGAUAGCGGGUGUAUCGACAUUAGAGUCACAUCAGCAGACUACCGAACAGCAACAACGAUUGCAAGGUUUAGAACUUCCUGCUUUGUUCCAUGAGGGACGACGAGCCUCUGACGGACUAAUGUGUCAACCGGCGGGAACGGCGCAAAUUCCUACCAGCCCACGACGAAUAACCGCUCCGGAAGGUUCCUCUAGUGGGGGAGGCGGUGCAAUGAUGCUUGCCGAAACUCACCGAGAACACAAAGCCCUUUGUUUACAGUUUAAUCGGGAAGAACAGUCGAAGCUGGUACAAAAACAGCAACAACAACAACGAACCAGGCCGGUUUUGCGCCAAGUCUCAUACAAACUAGCCCAGCAACAACCGGUGCAGUUAGGAACGCCUGUUUCGGCCCAGUGCCAUCCCAUUGCCGAGGCGGAAGGAAGUUUGGAAGUUUCACCCGAUCACGAUCCAGACGAUCCUAAAAUGACGGCUAUGAUGAUGAAAACCACCUCCGAGUUGGAUGAGUGGUGCCGAUUGCCCUCGUCUCUAGCCGCCUGCAAUCUAAGUCCCACACCACCAUGAACAAAUAAAUAAAUUCAUUGCAAACGGCUGAGAAAAACCUGAGGGGAAUCUGAAAAGAACUUGAUGUACACCAUCUCCCCUUCCCUCUACGUCGUAAUGUACACAAAUAAACUACUCGUUCUAGGCGAGCAAUCAAAUCCUUAUGCGGCCUGAGUUGUGUCAAAAAAAGACCCUUGUUAUUCCAGUAUCUCAAAUCAUCUUUCCCUUUUACCCAUGCCAGUUUUUUUCAUUUGUCGUUUUAGAAACGAUUCGUCCAGGAUAUGAAAACAAUGAAAGACCCUCAUGACGAUGAGGAAUGCACUUUUUUUCGAGAAUUAUCAUGCUGUUAUACUGACGAUACGUGAAUUAAGUCAACACCUAGUCAAGCAAUAACCUUUGACAAACAGUCCUUUUCUGUAUCAAACGUGUUAGCGACGAACCCUGCCCCACAAUAUCACACAUAUUAUUAUAUAUUAUAUGAAUGUUGUCAAUACCCUGUAUCAGAAAGAUAUGGUUGGAUAUCUAUGUUGCUCUGUGUAUUCUAACUGAUCCACAAGUGGAAACUUAAUGAGAAAUAAAGACAUUUAUUCAUACAAUGUCA